AUGAUAACCUUGCCCCACUCUCCACUCAGUCGGCCGCAACUCCGCAUCGAAAGUCCGCAUCAUAUCAUCGGCCUCAGCCUCGUCACAUUCAUUUCCAUCAUCGUACAAUCUCGCCCACCAAACUCAACCUCGCAUUGCACAACAUUAAUUUGUUACAUCGAGAUCAAAUCAACAUUUUCUGCAGCUAUUCAAAAUCAGAUUUCCGUCCAGCAAACAAAACACAACCAACUCUCACACACACAAACCCAACCCACACCACGAAACAAUGAGCUCUCCCAACCCCGACACCUCUCCCCUCCCCUCCCGCACUCCCACCCCCACAACCCCACCACCUCCCUCCCUACACGCCCACGCACCCACUCCUCAGCUAUCCCCGAUCUCCCUCCCUCCUCCCCCACUCUCCCCCUAACCAUGACCUCCUCCCUCCUGCUCACCAAUCUCCCACGCGAUUCUAGCACCGCGCUCGACUCUGCAUUUGUGUUUCCCACCCCGAAAAUCACAGUGCGGUUUCAGCCGAUUGGGUCGGCCCCCGCGUUGCAGAGACCCGUGUCGAGGAUUAGUUCGACGCAGAGGUUUGAGACGGUGGUGGCGUAUUUGAGGAGGGUGUUGAAGUUGGAUCGGAAUGCUGGGGGAGGGGGAGAGAGGGAAAGUGUGUUUUUGUAUGUUAAUAGUUGCUUUGCGCCGGCGUUGGAUGAGGUGGUGGGGAAUUUGCAUAGGUGUUUUAAGGAUUCGAAGGACCAGCUUAUUGUUACCUAUUCGAUGACGCCGGCAUUUGGAUGA